GUGAUGGAUUCAUUACAUAUCCGAACCGGUCACUAAAAGACCAGUCGCACGUGUUUGGACAAUGUCGAAGCGUGAGAGAUAACGCGUAGAACAACACCAACUUUCCUUUUUCAAACUAAAAAAUCUAAUCUCAUUAAAACAAGAUAAAUCCAUCAACAACAACACUCUCUUUUCCAAUUUUCAUUCUCUCUUUUCCAAUUUUCGGGUUUUGAUUUUCCCAAUGAGCGAUCACUUGGUACUCUUCGUUGACCAACUCGCACGCCCAGUUCCUGUUGACCCUGUUGAGCAGCCUGCGCAGCUUCCUUCCGAACCAUCGCCGUCUCCGGUUGCUGCCGAUGCUGAUGCCGCAUCUGGAUCCUCCGGAUCUGUUUCGCCGGUGGAUCAAGAGGGAGAUGAUCGUGGUGAGGAGGAGCCGUUGAUCCAGACAGUGGAGUGCCGUAUCUGCCAGGAGGAGGAUAGCGUUUCCAAUUUGGAGACUCCCUGCGCUUGCAGGGGUAGUCUUAAGUAUGCUCACAGAAAGUGUGUCCAGCAUUGGUGCAACGAGAAAGGAGACAUUACUUGUGAGAUAUGUCAUCAGCCUUAUCAACCUGGGUAUACAGCCCCACCACCUCGCCCUAAUCCUGAAGAAACCACUAUUGAAAUAGGAGGAGGCUGGACAUUAUCUGGCUCACCCUUGGACUUGCGUGAUCCUCGCCUAUUGGCAAUUGCAGAGGCAGAGCGUCAAUUCCUGGAUGCUGAAUAUGAUGAGUAUGCUGCUUCUAAUGCCAGUGGAGCUGCUUUUUGUCGCUCAGCUGCUCUAAUUUUGAUGGCCCUUUUACUUCUGCGGCAUGCACUCUCUGUAACAGAUGGUGAUUCUUCUGAUGAUGAUCCAUCCAAUUUUUUCUCUCUUUUCUUGCUUCGAGCUGCUGGAUUUCUUUUACCUUGCUAUAUCAUGGCUUGGGCAAUCAGUAUUCUGCAACGGAGGCGACAAAGACAAGAGGCAGCAGCACUAGCGGCAACCCAAGUUGCGUUUGUUCUAAAUUCUGGGCAGCGAAGAGGUCUACAAUUUGCGAUAGCACCAGUUCCUACAGUACAGCAGGAACAAGUGUAGUAUGUAAUUUUUUUUUUACGUGAGACGCCGUGGCAUGUAUGCCAUAUUUUGUUAAUCUUGAUUUUCACAGCUCUAAUAUAUGUACAUAUACCAGCGACGGUAAAACUGCAUGAAUUCGUAAUUAUCCAUUCAAUUUAUCGAUCUGUGAAUGUAUGAAUCUAUCUGGUUAUAAUAAGUAGAGCUUUAUAUGUAAAAUAAAAUGAUGAUCAAGGCUUUGUGUCA